AUGGCUACCAGAAAGACAGCCAUUUAUCGACAUGCUGUGGCUGUUCACUCGCAAGUCCAGCACUCAUGCCUCAGCAGGGACUCGACCAAGGCUACGAGUUUUAUUGGAUUCCGGAACCUGAUGGUGGUCGUGUUGGUGGCCAUGAAUCUUCGCCUAGUGAUUGAAAACUUCCUUAAGUAUGGUGUUUUGAUUUGCAUCAGAUGUCAUGACUAUCGCAAACAAGACGUUGUGAUCGGAGCGAUUCUCUUCGCCCUGGUCCCUUGCCAGUUGCUAUGUUCGUACUUCAUCGAGUUGGCUGCUUCUAGGCAUGCUCAACGCGUUAUCGGUCGAGCAAAGAAACAGGACAAGGACAGGAUCCUGAACGAGUCUAAAAGGACUUGGUUCGCCAUUGCGCUGCUGCAUUCUAUUAUCAGCUUCUUUGGUCUGGCUGCAACAAGCUAUGUCAUCUUCUACUACGUCAACCACCCCGGGAUCGGCACUGUCUGUGAAGUCCAGGUGAUCAUCGUGUCGCUAAAGUCGUACUCGUACGCACUGACGAAUCGCGACCUACGUCGCGCUAUGCUCGGCUCUCCGUCGGCGGACUCUGAUAUCCCAGAACUCUACCGGUCUUGUCCAUAUCCGCGGAACAUCACCCUGGGCAAUCUAGCAUAUUUCCUUUGGGCCCCAACGCUCGUAUACCAGCCGGUCUAUCCCCGAACGCCUCGCAUUCGCUGGUCUUUUGUUGGAAAGCGUUUAUUCGAGUUUGUUUGUCUCUCAGUGGUUAUGUGGCUACUUUCCGCGCAAUAUGCUGCCCCCCUCCUGCGCAACGCGACCCAGAAAAUUGCCACAUUAGACAUUGCAUCUAUUUUGGAGAGAGGACUGAAGCUCUCCACUAUCUCUCUCGUGAUCUGGCUUGCUGGGUUCUAUGCCCUCUUCCAGUCACUGCUGAACGGACUGGCUGAGAUCAUGCGGUUUGGAGACCGCGAGUUCUACACGGACUGGUGGAACAGCCCAAGUUUUGGCGUGUACUGGCGAUCCUGGAAUCGCCCUGUGUAUAUAUUCAUGAAGCGGCAUGUUUACAUGCCGCUCGUUACCCGGGGCUGGAACCCAACGUUGGCAGGUACCGUCGUCUUCGCGGUUUCCGCCGUGCUGCACGAGAUCCUGGUAGGAGUCCCUACACAUAAUCUGAUUGGUGUCGCGUCCAUAGCGAUGAUGUUCCAGCUCCCGUUGAUUCUUCUGACUGCGCCUUUCGAGAGGUUCAAAUCCCCUCUGGGAAAAGCUAUUGGAAAUUCGUUCUUUUGGGUAACAUUCUGCGUCGUUGGACAACCUCUUGGAGCGCUUCUGUAUUUCUUUGCAUGGCAAGCGAAAUACGGCAGCGUCAGUCAGACACAUCCGUAG